GAAGGAGGGAUGCAGUACGGCGGAGGCGGCCGCCGCCGGGACUCGCCGCCGUCACCUCCGCCGCCGCCUCCGCCUCCUCCCGCUCCUCAGGCCAUCUUCGCCGCCGCCGCCUCUUUCUCCUCUGCCGCCACCACCGCCGCCUCAGCAUGAGAGGAGCCGCCGCCGGGACGCCCUGCCACCCCCCGCUGCCAAGCCCGAAUCAUUACUGUAUUGCUUCUAAGGCAGAAGAGAGGAAAAGUACUGAAGUGCGGAUUACUGAGCUGAUCAUAAAAACCUGUAAUAAAAUGGCAAUGUCUAGGGUACCCACCCCACCUCCACCUGGAGAGAUGACCUGUGGGCCCAUAGCUGAAAGUUGGUGUUAUACACAGGUUAAAGUAGUAAAAUUUUCCUACAUGUGGACCAUUAAUAACUUCAGCUUCUGUAGAGAAGAAAUGGGUGAAGUUUUAAAAAGUUCUACAUUUUCAUCAGGCCCAAAUGAUAAAAUGAAAUGGUGCCUGAGAGUAAAUCCAAAGGGAUUAGAUGAUGAAAGUAAAGACUACUUGUCCUUAUAUUUGCUUUUAGUCAGCUGCCCCAAAAGUGAAGUUCGAGCAAAAUUCAAAUUUUCCCUUCUAAAUGCUAAAAGGGAAGAAACAAAAGCAAUGGAAAGCCAAAGAGCAUAUCGAUUUGUACAAGGAAAGGACUGGGGAUUUAAAAAAUUCAUUAGGAGAGAUUUUUUGCUUGAUGAAGCUAAUGGUCUUUUACCAGAUGAUAAGCUUACAUUGUUUUGUGAGGUAAGCGUGGUCCAGGAUUCAGUAAAUAUAUCAGGACAGACUAAUACAAACACUUUGAAAGUACCUGAAUGUCGACUAGCAGAAGAUUUAGGGAAUCUCUGGGAAACUACGAGAUUUACUGAUUGCAGUUUUUUUGUAAGAGGACAAGAAUUCAAAGCUCAUAAAUCUGUUCUUGCAGCUCGCUCCCUCGUUUUUAAUGCAAUGUUUGAACAUGAAAUGGAAGAAAGCAAAAAGAAUCGAGUAGAAAUAAAUGAUGUAGACCCAGAAGUUUUUAAAGAAAUGAUGAGAUUCAUUUAUACAGGGAAAGCACCAAACCUUGAUAAAAUGGCUGACAACUUGUUGGCAGCUGCAGACAAAUAUGCACUGGAUCGACUGAAGGUGAUGUGUGAAGAAGCUUUGUGUAGUAACCUCUCAGUAGAAAAUGUUGCUGACAUCCUAAUCCUUGCAGAUUUGCACAGUGCAGAACAAUUGAAAGCACAAGCAAUAGAAUUCAUUAAUAGGUGCAGUGUACUUCGACAGUUUGGGUGUAAAGAUGGGAAAAACUGGAACAGCAACCAAACAACAGACAUAAUGGAAACAGCAGGCUGGAAGUCUAUGAUUCAGUCCCACCCUCAUUUAGUGGCAGAGGCCUUCCGAGCACUAGCAUCUGCACAGUGUCCACAGUUUGGUAUUCCACGCAAACGACUAAAACAGUCUUGAAAUCUUCCAUGAACUUUAGAAAAACUCAAUUGACUUUUACUCCUCCAGGUCCAGAUGGAUUCUAAUAUUCAAACCAUAAACAAGAAUUGUUUUUGUUAUCCUUGUCCACAGAACAGAAGCUGAAAAAGCAUUGUUUGCUUUUCAGAUGGAUAAUUUAUGGUUUAAUCUUCAGCUUUAAAUUAGACUGAUUACUCUCUAAUUCACUGCAAGGCCUUAAAUUAUCUUCAAUGACUUCUCUAGUUCAUAUAGGCUAAUUUUUUUUUUUGAAUUGUGCCUUGUCUUUUUGACUAGGCUAUGCAGGAUUGCACUAGCUCCAUAAUGCAGUAAAAUUGAUAACUAAAGAUAUUAAGUUUCAAAAGGAUCUUCCAUUAUUUUGAAAAACAAAAUGAAUUUUAUAGUUUUGGUCCUGUGCUAUCUCGAAGGUUAAAACUAGGCUCUCCUCAAAAGCACUUGAAUUGGAGAUUACCACGGAUAUGCUCCAGUCCAAGUCUUGUGAAUACAGGAGAGCUUGCUUACCUUCAAGGUAAGUUAAUGGCAAUACACUACUUUGAUUCUUAUUUAUUUUUCAUUGUAGGGGCAAAUAUGCAAUGGUUUGGCCUGAAAGAAUUGUAUUUUCAGUACAGUUUGUAAUACAUGUCUGUAUGUUAACUGUCCAACAAACUUUGAGAAACACAUAAUAAAAUUUUGCUUGUGUUUCUUCAUGCCCUAGUUAAUGAUGUUUGAGAAUUAAGGUUAAGAUGUCAAAAAGAAUACUAUUUGCUCUUAGAAAUUUUCUAUUUAUUUUGACCCUCACUUAUAGAAAGAUUCCUGAACAUGCAGAAAGUAUACAUAUAUAAUGACCAAAUGAAAUGAAAUGAAAUUAAUGGGCCAAAUUAAGAAUGAUAAAUAUGCACUUUUAAUGUGUAAGAUUUUUGUAUACUGAGUGGUACAUAUAUAUUUUGCUUUUGAUUGAAGUAAUGAGGUACAGUUAAUAUGUCUUAACUUUUGGGAAAAAAAUUAGGAUAUUUGGAGCCAACUGGGACACUCAUUUUGAUACCUUGGACAAGGAAAAUAACAAGACAAUGAAUUAAUUCUGAAUUUCAUACACAUUAAGUAACUGAUGUACUCUCCCUUCAAAGAAGGCACAUAAUAAAACAAAAUCCUGGGCAGCUUAUUCUCCUCUUUUUCCUUUUAUGAAAAAUAGUGUGCAGCUAUCUGUUUUCUCUAAAGGGAUGUGCACACUAGAGGAGAGACAACCCCCCCUCCCUUCCCCCAACUCAUUUUUAUGAUAAGUAUUCCAGGCCACAUUUUCAAGCAUUGUUUUCCCCUCCUUUCUGUCUUAAGUUAAUGUGCAUUGUGGAUGAUAUUGAAAUUCUGCAUAAUGUGAACAGGACAAACCAUUUAAAAACUCCUUUUCAUGGGCCAGUUCUUUAUUACAAAUGAAUUUUAGCUUUAAAUAACAUUUUCAGUGUUCAAUAGCUUUGUUUACAAUUUGAGGGGGGUGACAUAUCUGCAAUGGUGCACAGUAUGGGAAGAGCAGGAGAGUAACUGUUGAGUUACUGCUUUAAAUUGACUGUAAUAGUGAUAAUAUAUAAAUUGAUACUAGGCAAAAUUUUUGUUUGACCACAAAGGAAGAAGUGUCUCACUGGAAAAUAAAGCAUAUUAAAAUAUAUAUAUAUAUAUAUAUUUACAUUUAUAGAUUUAUGCACAAAGGAUUGUAAUUUACCUGUAGAGUUUUACAGUACAGGACAAAGGAAAUUUAAAUUUUAUCUUCCAAAAUAAUUUGUAUUUCCCAGGUGUUCAUUAGUAAUCCUAUGUUUAAGGAAGAGAAUGUAUGCGUAUUUACACUUAACACUGAAAAGUUAGCAUUUACUUACAAACUGAAAAAGAGUUUAAAGGUUCAGCCUUUCAAAUCUGUAAAUCUCUUUCUCUGGUUUUAACUGUAUUAUGUCAGUUUUGAAAUUGGAAGCAUCCCUUAGGGGAGCAGAAAGAUUAAAGUUGAACAGAAGAUUCCUUCCCUGAUAAUGGGCUAUUUCUGUCCUUUGGAGCAGUAAGAAAAGUAAAAACACAAUUCCCUGUCUCCACUGUGAGAUUGAGCUAUACGUGUUUACAAUGUUAAGUUGAUUAUUUUCAUUUAAGAAAUAAAUUUAAAUCCUGCUAGAGAUCUCCCAGACUGGCUACCUGGGGUAUACAUAAUGUUUCCUCCACCUCAAUGUAGUGAAAUUUUUCUGCCAUGUAUUAUAUUAAAUUUGAGAGAGAGUGUGAGUGAGUCUGUGUGAGUGAGUGUGUGUGUGUGUAAUUAUACACAUCACACCAUGCAUAAUUCACUGCUAAAAACUAUAGCUCUAAAAUACAGUAAUGUUUAUUACUGUGUAAUAUUCAUUUCAGCUUCUUCUAAUAUAAUAUAAUAGUCUAUUGGAAAGCUUAAGGAUUUUAUUAUAAAGAUUUUUUAAAGCUCAAUAGCACAUUUUGUACCAAAAAUGUCAAACACUGUGCUGUAAGAAUAUCUACGUUUGUAAAAAUGUCCACUUUUCAGAUAAUACAAUGCAUACCUUCCUUACACUAACAGAAAAUUGUAUGGCAGUUGUUUUGCUUAUUUUUAUUUAUUAUGUAUAUUUUCAGUUUUGUUAUGUCUUAAGGAAAAAGGUAAACAGUUGCUGUAUUCUCAAGUGGAUGCAUUCAUUAUUAACUCUUUGGUUGCAUUUAAACCCCAUUGCAGCAUUCUCUAGUGGAGACUGUCCAGAAUAUUUUUGUCCUUUUGAAUCACCAGCUUGCUUUUUUGUCCCUUUUUUGUCACUUCAGAGGGAACUUUCCCCUAGAAAUGUAGUGAUUAAUUUCAAAUGUUCUAUGUUAUAAAAUAACCAUUACGAAAUGUUCUUAUUCAGGCUAAGAUUUUAAAACAGUUUGUUAUGUACAUGUGUGUUUUGUUUUUUAAAACUGUACAAGUGUUUGGAGCACAAGUAUGAAGGUGCCAUAAUAUUUUGGCUUGCCAACAUUACCUCCUUAAAUAUUCAUGUCUCCCACCUUCAAACUUUUUUGGAGAAUCUUGCAUGUGUUGUGUGGUCAUGUUGCGUGUAUAUACACGCUUGUAUGUAUGUGUGUGUGAUAUUUUUACAGAGAUAGAUUUUUCUGAAAAUAGGACUCAGUUAAAUCUUGAAAUUACAGGUUAGUUUCACAUAUUUCAUUUUUAACUUAUUUAGGAAUGUAGUUCAGGAGGCAAGAAAGCUAUAAAAUACUUUUUUAUAUGGUCAAUUUACUGCAUACUGAACUAAGAAAAUACAGUGCCUUUUUAGGACUUCUAUUAUAAAACAUACAAAUUUCAUUUAUCAACUAUUACUGAUACAUAAUUAAACUAGAUUGGAAAUAAAUUAUAAGAAAGAUUGGAUUAGUUUAUUUAACUGUUUGACAUUGCAGUAAGCUUACAAUUGAAAUCAGAAAGCACAUCUCCUUUGCAGAUGUGUAAUUUAUAUCAACAUUCUUAAAAUCUAACAUACCCUUUAUUCAGAUGAUUUUUUAAAAAAUCCAAUGCAGUCAGUCACAGUAUUCUUGAACAGGAAGAGAGAAUUGAUUCCGCACCCCCCUUCCCCAAAUUCAAACACAUCAGAUAUUUCUCAUUGUCCAAAACAAUUAUUUAAGAAUUAAAUUUUAGGUUUUCAUAUUUUAAAUUCAGUAUUUCUGUCUAGAUAGAAACUUUUUCAAAUUAUGAAUGUUAACUUCAUUUAUUUGAAAUUGACUCAAUAAUAUUGGUCACUAUUGAUGGAAAAAUAUACAACACUCACACACACAAACACACACACAGAGCUUCCUAUGAAAUAUCAAGAUGAAACUAGUUUAACCAGUUCUAUGCACAUAGUAGGUGCUUAAUAAAUGUUUGCUGAAUUGAAUUAGCUUAUUUUCUGUUUGCAGUAAAUGGACUUUAUAUUUGAAGGGGAAUUUGUGGGAAUUCUUCCGAUGUUUGACUUCAUCAUCAUGCAUAGCAGUCCAGUUAAUUAUGUAUAUGGUGUUUAGAAUGAAGGCUUAACUUAAAUGAGUCCUGUUUUGGAAAUAUACACAUUUGUUAAAAUGAUUUAAAGACCAGUAUUGGGGUGAAUAUGAUUUAGAAAAUUCAUAAUAUAUGUAUAAACACUUGCAUCAAACCGGCCAGCCUCUUUUUUUAAUCAGCUGAUGUUAUUGUUCAGAUACUUUUUGUAUCUUGUUGCUGAAAAUAUUUUUGCAUUUCAGCACAUCAAGUUACAAUAAAGUUAUUACUUAUGCAGAA